AUGCGGAAGGGAAUCGUGAUCGAAGCUCACGACCACGGAGGUCACUUUGGACUCGAACGGACCAUCGCACGGAUUACCGCCGAUUACUGGUUCUCUCGGUUACGACGUUACGUGCGCCAACACAUUAACAUGUGUCUCGAUUGUCUAGUGCACAAGCGACCGUCGGGCAAGAGGCCGGGCCUACUCAGGGCCGGACUGGAAGGGUUUUGGCCCACUAUUUUCUGUAAACAACCGGCCCAUUUUCCUACAUUUAUCGGCCCAACUUAA